UCAGCUCUGAAAACUAAGAUAAAGAUGCUGACUGUACUGGUUUUAGCAGCAGUGAUCAUGGUCUCAGUUGAAUCAGACACCUCAAGCACAGAAGAGUGGAAAUCUCUGAGCAAUCCAAAAAGCAGAAUGCUGUUUUUCCAGAUCCUACAAUCGUAUCUUGAUGGACGAGAAGGUCAAACUGAAGGCAGAAAAAUACAUAUGGUGGAAGAUGUGGACAGCAGCCUGGCAAAUACUGCACUGGACAAAUACAGCAACUUUCUCUAUAACAGCAAUUAUGAUGUUGAAUGACGACAUUUUAUUAUAUAUGUAUUAAACCAGAUAUAUUAAACAUUUUCCUGUUAGUAGUAGACACCCCAUAAAGCAUAUAAACAUUCAAA